GUUGUUCUGGGAAAGCAGCAAACGCAGGAGCAGGAUUCUGCAGGCGUGGUCCAGCGCAGCUCCAAGAGCUGCCCAUCUUGCAAGAUGCCCAUCCAGAAGGACGGCGGUUGCAACUACAUGGACUGUCCCAACUGUCGGCGGCACUUCUGCUGGAGUUGUG